AUGCCGCCCCCACCCCCCAACAUCGACACCCUCCUCUCCCACUUCCGCACGUCCCUGAACCUCCACCUCCGCCCCACAUGGCUCUCCCACACCCUCACCACCCAGCGCCUCCCCACCGGCGCCGCGCUCCUCGCCUCCCUCAAGUUCCGCAUUCUCGCCUCCGACAUCACCGAGUCGUUACAGCCGCACGCAAACCUAUGUUUCCCGCCCAGCAUCCACGACACGGACACACAGGCGCAGGUGCUGGUGGGGCCGAUCGCGGUGCAGAUUGUGGCCGUAGAGGACGUGGGCUUGAGCCGCGUGGAGCAGCUGGAUAGGCUUGAGAUGGCGGCGCGCGGGGAGGUGGUACGCGGGCGGGAGGUAAUAAGGGUACUGCCGGAGGAGGACGGGGAGGCGCCGAGGGUGGUGGGGAGGGCGGGGAAGACGGGGCCGUGUAAGGUGUUGGUGGAGGAUGCGGGGGGGAGGAGGGUGUAUGCUGUUGAGUUGGAGGCGGUGGAGGGCGUGAAGAGCGAUAUGGCGAUUGGCGCGAAGAUGGUGCUGAAGGAUGUCACGGCGGCGAGGGGGCUGCUGCUGCUUACGCCGGGGAAUACGACGUUUCUGGGCGGGAAGAUUGAGGUGUUGAAUCUGGCGUGGGUCGAGGGCCGGAGACAGGCGCUGCAGAGUGCGAUUGAGCAGCUGAGGAGUUAG